AUGAAAAAUGAAGAUUCUACAUAUAAAGAAGAUAAGUAUUCAAAAUAUUCAAAAGAGAAUAUCCAAAAAAUAUGUGCUACUCCAUAUACCGGAUCUAAUAUAAGUAACACAGUAGAAUCUGUUUAUUUUGUUAAUUAUAGAGCUGUCGUAGUAAAAACAAAACAUUAUUAUGUUACUCAAAACUCUUAUAUGCUUUUUGGUGAUGUCUUUAAAAUAUAUAAUUUAAAAGGAGAGAUAAAAAAAAUACAUGCAUUUUUUCCAGGAGAUGAAAAUAAUUUAUCGGAUACAUUAAUAAUGUUAAAAACAACAAUAGUUGCUGUUACUACAUCUAAAGGAGAAGCUUUGCGUUUGGCUGAUGAAAUUAAUAUGACAUGUAAAAUAUGUCAUAAGAAAAGAAAAGCAACCAAAUUUUCUAUAGAAGGAUUUCUAAGAAAAGUUAGAUGUGACACCUGUAGGGUUAAACCACGAAGUGUAAUUUGUAAAAAUAUAAAUAACAAUAAAAAAACAAACAAUUCAAAAAAUAACACAAAUAGUAAUAAUAGUAAUAAUAAUAAUAAUAAUAAUAUAAAUAAUAAUAAUAAUAAUAAUAAUAAUAGUAAUAAUAGUAAUAAUAAAAAUGAUUCAUUAAAACCAGAUGAAUGUAAUAUACAGAGUAAUCAAAAUAAACAUCUUACAAAAAAUAAAAUUAUUAAAUAUGAAAAUAUAGAUGACGAAAAUAUAAAAAAUGAAAAAUUUAAAAAUAUGAAUAUCAAAAAAGUUAAUACAAAAAAUUGUAAUAUCACAAAUAGUAAGGCAAAAAAAACUGAUAAUAAUAUACAAAAUGAUAUGAAUAAUAAUCAUCCUAACAACAAUUUUGUUAAUAAUAACAUUCUUGACAAUAAUCAUAUUAAUAAUAACAUUCUUGACAAUAAUCAUAUUAAUAAUAACAUUCUUGACAAUAAUCAUAUUAAUAAUAAUCAUCUUAAUAAUAAUCAUCUUAAUAAUAAUCAUCUUAAUAAUAAUCAUCUUAAUAAUAAUCAUCUUAAUAAUAACCAUUUUAAUAAUAAUCAUCUUAAUAAUAAUCAACUUAACAACCAUCUUCUUGACAAUAGGGAUAAAAUACAAUCUCUUCAUUACAAACAUGCAAAUUCUAACUCAGUCCUUAAAUAUAAUAAUAGUAAUAAUAAUUACUCAGCUAGCCAAAAUCAAAUUUUUUUUUCAGAGGAAGAAAAUAGAACUCAUUUUCUAGAGAAUGAUCCCAAUAAGAGGGAUGAAAUAAUUUCGAUGAUAAUUGAACUUAUAAAAUAUAUCUCAUACAUGCAAAAGGCAUUAAUAAAAGCAUCUGAAGGAAAUUUUUUGAUUGAAAAUCCAGACAUCAAUGUAGAGAAUGUAUCAAAAUUGGUUCAUUCAGCUCAACAAUUAUGUAACAAAUUACUUAACCAAAAUAAUAUAGACGGAGAAUAUGGGAAUAAUAAUUUGUGUGCACCUACUUCGUUGCUUCUUCACAAUAAUGAAAAGGGAAAUACAAUAAAAAAUGAUGUUAAUAUAAAUAAUAUAAGUAAUAAUAAUAAUAAUAAUAAUUAUAAUUAUAAUAAUAAUAAUUAUAAUAAUAAUAAUAUUAAUUAUAAUAACUUUAGUAAUAAUAAUCAACUAAAAAUUAAAUACACAAAAAUGUAUCAAGCGAAAGUUAAUCACAUAACCAGAACAAGCAAUUUAAAUAAUAAUAAUAAUAAUAAUAAUAAUAAUACAAAUAAUACGGAUAUGUUUUAUAAUAUGAACAAUCCAAAUGAUAUGAGCACUACAAAUACUCACAUGACUAACCUUUCUUAUAUUAAUAGAAAUGACCAAAAUAAAAAUAAUAAUAUGAAUAAUGAUACGGAUAGCAAUAUAUAUAUAAAUAAUAAAAGCAAUGAUAAUAAUAUUAUUAAUAAUAUAAAUAAUAUGAACAUAAUGAAUAAUAUAAACAAUAUAAAUAAUAUAAAAAAUAUAAAUAAUAUAAAUAAUAUAAAAAAUAUAAAUAAUAUAAAUAAUAUUAAUAGUAUUAAUAGUAUUAAUAAUAUGAAUCAUAUGAAUCAUAUUAAUGGUAACAAUAAUAUUAAUAGUAACAAUAAUAUUAAUAGUAACAAUAAUAUUAAUAGUAACAAUAAUAUUAAUAGUAACAAUAAUAUUAAUAGUAACAAUAAUAUUAAUAGUAACAAUAAUAUACUUAAUAAUACAAAUGAAAGAAAUAAAUAUAAUAUUGAGAACGAAUAUUCAAAAAAUAUUCAAAAUAUUCAAAAUAUACAAAAUGUACAAAAUAAUCAAUCUUAUGUAAUACCAUAUUAUUAUAAUAAUCGUCAUAAUAUUAACUCUUCGACAUCUUUGGAUACUUCAACAAAUGAUCAAAAAAAUAAAUCAUAUAUAAAGGAUAAUAAAGAAUAUAUGUAUGAAAAUAAUAAGAAGGAUGAACACGAAGAUAAAAACCAAUAUCAUGACCACCAAGGCAAACAACAACAACAACAACAACAACAACAACAACAACAACAACAACAACAACAACAACAACAUCAUAAUAAUAAUAAUAUAAGUCAUACAAAAAAUAAUUAUUACAAUAAUAAACAGCAGUUCUUAUUUUCUACUUUAUCAAAACAAUAUAAUACUAAUGUCAAUAUUUCAUUUGCUAAUAUAAACAAUUCUUUAUCAAAUAUUUGUAAGAAUGUCUCUAAAAAUUAUAAUCUCAAAGAUACAGUUUUAAAUAUGGAAAAGUAA